ACCUUUCGGGCGUAACAUUCAUUGUUUUCUGUGGAUUUGCGACUUAUACGUUUUCGUGACGGAAUUUACAAACAUUUUUUGUAAAUUUAUUGCUAACCCCCUAAAAUGCGGAUAAAAACAAGCGCAAAGCGUUCAUGUAGCUCUACUAACUUAGAAAAGCAUUGCGUUUGCAGCUCAAAGGUCGUGUGUUGUUCCGCAAACCGACAUGACAUCAAAUUACAGCGAGAGCGAUUAGAAAGCUGUGCUUUCAUGUCGCUCUCACGGUAAUGUGAUGUCAUUUAGCGAUCAGUCUGCGCAGCAACGCAUAAAGUCGAACAGUGCAACCAACCAAUCAACGUUGUAAACAACACAUUGAACCAAUCGCAGCGUUCGCGUUAGGAAAUGACGUAUUAUGCCCUUGGUUAGCGGUACAACGUGUGCCUUGCUGUUAUGUUAUCAGGUUAAUAUUAUUAAAAAUAAGAUUAAAUUAAAUGUUCUUGGAUCGCGUCAUUCUCUUGUUUUGUCUGUUGUAUUAAGCAGAAUGCCUUUACACAAAUAUCCCCCCAAAAUAUGGGAGGCACUGAAAUUGCAGAAAGGCAUCUAUGCCCGUCUGCCCCAGCAUUACCUCCGCUCUCUGCAGGACACAACCCCUCCUACUGCUGUACAUUGGAAACCUCUGGGUGUUAAAUACAGACUUGAUCCUAAAACUGGACAACGUGAGCGGGUGCAGGAUGUGCCCAUCCCAAUUUAUUAUCCACCAGAAUCACAAGACGGACUCUGGGGUGGAGAAGGCUGGAUUUCCGGCUUUAGAUACGCCAAAAAUGACAAGCUUUCCACUAGACUUCGGAAAACCUGGAAGCCACAGCUGUUUAACAGAGAGCUGUACAGUGAGAUCCUUGACCAAAAGUUUAAUGUAACAGUAACACCUCGAACGCUUGAUCUUAUUGAUGCAGCUUAUGGAUUUGACUUCUAUAUUCUUAAGACCCCCAAGCAAGAUCUGAACUCAAAAUUUGGCAUGGAUCUAAAACGCGCUAUGCUUUUACGGCUGGCGCGAAAAGAGACAGAUCUUUACCCCGAUGAUCCGUCCCGGCGGGAGAAGAUAUACAACCGUUACAAGCAGACGUUUGAGAUCCCGGCGGAGGAGGCUGAAUGGGUGGGAUUGAGUCUAGAAGAGGCUGUGGAGAAGCAAAGACUAUUAGAAAAGAAGGAUCCAGAGCCUCUCUACAGUGGUUUGGUGGAGAAACUUGUGAAUGAAUUUGCCCUUAAGAAGCUGUCUGAGCCUCAGAUCGUGGAGAGAAAGUGAAGACUGGUCAACUGUUGAAUAUACCUAAUGUAUUUAUUUUAUAUAAACAUCUGCAACAACAACAACAUGCUUGUGUUCUGUAAAUAUUUCAUUUUUACUUAAUAAAUUCAUCGAGAGAUACA